UCGCGUAUCGAGAAAGUGCAUUUAUUAGUUGUUUGGUAGUGCAUUUCGUUUCGUUUAUUGCCACAUAUUGUUAUCAAGUGUAUUAGUGGUAAAAUAUGGCCAGCAAAGCUGAAAUUCCAGUGGUUUUGAAAACCCUCUUUAGCCACAUCGAUGCCAACAAAGCGAAGUACAUCCAGGCCCUGGCGGAAACCGUGGCCAUCAAGUCGGUGUCUGCCUGGCCCGAUUCCCGGCCGGAGAUUUUCCGUAUGGUCAACUGGGUAGCGGACCGGUUGCGGACGCUGGGUGCAACCGUAGAGCUGGCGGACGUCGGUAAACAAACCCUGUCGGAUGGGCGUGUAAUCGAUUUACCGAACGUAAUCUUGGGCUCGCUGGGCAACGACCCACAAAAGAAAACGAUCGUUCUCUACGGACAUCUGGACGUUCAGCCGGCGCUCCGCGAGGACGGCUGGGAUACGGAACCGUUCGUCCUAACGGAAAAGGACGGUAAACUGUUCGGGCGCGGUGCCAGCGACGACAAGGGCCCGGUGCUGGGAUGGAUUCAUGCCAUCGAAGCGUUCCAGGCGAUCGGAGAGCCACUGCCGGUGAAUCUGAAGUUCGUCUUCGAAGGGAUGGAAGAGUCCGGCAGUGAAGGGCUGGAUGAGUUGCUGUACAAGCGGAAGGACGACUUUUUGUCGAACGUUGAUUUCGUGUGCAUUUCCGAUAACUAUUGGCUGGGGCGGGACAAACCGUGCAUCACCUACGGGCUGAGAGGGAUUUGCUACUUCGACGUGGAGGUCGCGUGUGCCGAUAAGGAUUUGCACAGUGGGGUUUUCGGUGGAACGGUCUAUGAGGCGAUGAACGAUUUGGUUUAUCUUCUUGGAACGUUAGCCGAUAAAGAGGGUAGGAUUUUAAUUCCAAACAUCUACAAAGAUGUGGCUGAGAUGCUGCCGAAUGAGGAGGCAAUCUACGAAGCAAUUGCCUUCGAUGUUGCUGACUAUCGCGAACAGUUGGGAGCUAAGAAACUUAUGCACAAUGAGGACAAGACGAAGAUUCUUAUGCACCGUUGGCGUCAUCCGAGCCUUUCAAUUCACGGCAUUGAAGGCGCUUUCUACGAGCCUGGCCAAAAGACGGUCAUUCCCAAGAAAGUAAUUGGCAAAUUUUCGAUUCGUAUCGUGCCUAACCAAACGCCGGAUCUCGUGGAAAAAUAUGUGACCGAGUAUCUGACCGCAAAGUGGGCAGAGCGAGGCUCGCCGAACAAAUUUGCCGUCCGAAUGGCGCACGGUGGUAAGCCAUGGACUGAAGAUCCGAACCAUCCGCACUAUCAGGCUGCACGGGUGGCUACGCAGUACGUUUAUCGGGUGGAACCCGAUAUGACCCGCGAAGGAGGCUCGAUUCCGGUGACGCUGACGCUGCAGGAAACUACCGGCAAGAACGUGCUGCUGCUGCCGAUGGGAGCCUCGGACGAUGGCGCCCACUCGCAAAACGAGAAGAUCGACGUACGCAACUAUAUCGAAGGGACCAAGCUUUUGGGCGCGUACCUGUACGAAGUGGCCAACGUUUGAUGAUCUGAGGAUAAUCUGAUAUUACGAAUUGUCCUAUUAAUAAUCGAUAAAACAUCACUAAUAAACAUUACAAAUAACUUUAAAAU